CUACUGAUGUGUAAAAUUACCUUCAAAGGCUCACCUUACUUUCCAGUACAUUAAAGUUAGAAUUCACUUUUUGUGCAGAGGCACAGACGUUUGGGAUCCCGGAAAUACUUGUGAGAUCAUGGAAGUGGCAGAAAUGAAUUUUGACCAAAGCUAUUUAAGAUCUAGUCUGAUCACCAGAGCACCGUAUACGACGCUGACUAAACUUCUACAAAAGUGGGCCACUGUAAAACCAAAACAAGAAGCAUGUGUUUUCUACACUUUUGGCAAACCAAGAACUUCUAUCACCUAUGAAAAACUGUACCAGGAUGCAGUAAUGCUGGCAAAAGGGCUUCUAAAGCUUGGGAUACACAAGGGCGACAUAAUAGGAAUAGGUGGAAACAACACUAUAGAAUGGCUGGUGAGUACAUUAGGUGCACAGCUCGCUGGGGCACGCCCCUUGCACUUCAACUUUCACGACAGAUCUGGAGAGAGCUUGAAAAGAAUUAUCAGCAAAGUCGGAGGAUGUAAAAUGCUAAUUUUUGAUCCGGGAGAUAAUGACGUUCAUUGGGAAAUAUGUCGGAAAUUCCUGCAAGUUGAUUCAAAAACUGGUGUUGUUGUCGAUUCCGACAUACCAUCAGUAAAAUGGGUCGCAUUACAUGCACCCCUGGAAUCCUCUAAGGUAUGUUUUACAAUUGAAGACGUAUUCAGCAAAGAGAAUAUCAAGCUAACAGAAGUAGACCCAGAUGACACAGGUGUUAUUAUUCUGACAUCCGGGAGUACAGGGUUUCCAAAAGCUGUAGAAUAUAGUCAUUAUCGUUUAAUUGAAACUGCAUAUAAUUUCCUGCAUGUAGUUGGCUGGGAUGACAAAGAAGAUGAACAGCUUUCAUUCUUCAAUGAUCGGCCAUUUUACUGGAUAGGGGGAUAUCCGUUUUUAGCCCUUGUAAUAGGAGGAAAACUUAUAACCCAGGCCAACACCCUUGCUUUCCCAACUAAAGCAGAAACUAUGAAACACACUUCAAAUAUUAUAGAGAAAGCAAAGCCCAAAAUCGCCUUUAUUCUCAUUCCUUUCCUUUUGGAGUUACUGAUGUCAAAAGAUAUUUCUUGGAAAAUUCGAACGGUCAUCACAGGGGGUCAGCCUGUUCCAGCUUCUUGCCUGGAAGCCAUCGGGAAAAGGUACGAUACCCUUUCUGUGACGUACGGCUCCACAGAAGCCGCUUCUUUGGCUGGAAGGAUGUAUAGUUCGCCUGAUAAAUAUAUUGGUCUUUCGCCGUUCCCUGGGGUGGAAAUGAAAAUUAUAGGGAAGGAUGGAAUGAUGGUUCCUCUUGGAACGAAAGGCGAGGUGCUAUCGCGCAGUUGUUUACCAUUUCCAGGUUACAUCAAUGAAGCCGAAAAAACCGCGGCUGUUAUCACUCCUGCUGGUUGGUACAAAACCGACGAUUUCGGAUAUAUUAAUUCUGCUGGUUACCUUGAAGUAUUCGGCAGAGUUUCUGACGUAAUGGAAAUCUCUGGAGCUAAAGUUCUGCCAUCCUAUCUCGAAAAAAUUAUUAAAAGAAAUCCCUGUGUCAAGGAAGUGGUGGUCUUUUCCAUAAAAGACGAAAUACACUGUGACGAUAUUCCCUGUGCAGCUGUUGUUAAAAAGGAAGGUGUGACCUUGACUGAGGAAUCCCUCAAGGAUUUUAUCAAACAAGAGCUCAAUAUUUCUGAGGAAGCCAGAUUCAUGGAACAAAUUUAUGUUCCGAAGUACAUUGUCUUUCACGAGAAGCUACCGAAAACAACCACAGGAAAAAGUGAUAGGAAGAUGACGAAGAGCGUUUCUUUACCAUUCAUCAAACAAACCUGAAUGUAUUAUACAGAUUUGUUAAAAAAUAUGUCAACCUCGGUAUAACAACAAAGUAAUCGAAUAUAAUUUAUCUCGUGAUUAGUUUAAAAUGUAAAUGAGAUCUAUAAAAAUUUAAAAGCUAACUGGGAAUACCUUGAUUUUUAAAGAUUUUUUAUUUCUUAUAAUCAGACCUCUCAAAAAGAAUUAUUAAAGCAAGGUUUCCUGGAAAAUAUGCCAUGAAGAACAUCGUACGCCAAUCAAUUCAUCACUAUCAAAACUUAUCCUGGACAACCAGAACCGAAAAGUGCAAAGACUUUGAAAUGUUUAAAGAUAUACACACCAGCAUAGCUCCGGCAAGAAUAUAUAAAUUUGACUUUUCCUUUGAUGAAACCAGACUGAUAAAAUUAAUGGACCGUAACACCUCAGUUAACCCAACAAACAGGUGCUCUCUGUGUAAAAAAUAUAUAGCGUUCCCUUCCAACACGCCGUCUUGUGAUGUUCUACCAAAGAGCAUAUCAGGAACUCUUUUGAACAAAUUUUAUGUUCAAUUAAUUAUAUGUAGAAUUAACACAUAUGUGUGAUUAUGACUUGUAUUUAACGUUACUAGGUGGCCUUCCAACAAUAACAUUGAAAGACAAACAUGAUCAAAAUGAAUUCAUUUGUUGUUGUGCGAAGUUUAUCUGCAAUGCCUAUGCCCUUUUCAGCGGGGCUUUGAUCCACUCAAACAUAAUUUUUCCCCAAUGUAUUAUUGAUCUUGUAAAUAAGUUUGUGUGUAUUUCUUUUAUUUUUAAAUGUCAUUUACAUUUUGAUGUUCCUAACAUAGCAUAAAUAUAAAUUGUAUGCAUUGUAAAAUCUCGGAAUAGAGGAAAUAAAGAUUGAUUGGAA